CAAACACACGCAAAUAGGAAAGUGGAUACAGAACAUUCUAGAAGCAGAAAAACAACGCAACCCUGUCUGUCCCUUUUUCUCUCUCUCACCUUAUUAUCCCUUUCCCCUGACUCAAAUCAAAUCCAAUUCUUCUUCGAUCAAACCCUUUUCAAUUUCAACCUUCUCCCCGAAUUCUCAUCUUCUUCCUCCGAAUCCUUGGUUUUCAGCAUGGCAUCCAAACGCAUCCUCAAGGAACUCAAGGAUUUGCAGAAGGAUCCUCCUACCUCAUGCAGCGCAGGUCCUGUUGCUGAGGACAUGUUUCACUGGCAAGCAACAAUCAUGGGACCUGCUGAUAGCCCCUAUUCAGGUGGUGUGUUUUUGGUUUCAAUUCACUUUCCUCCCGAUUAUCCAUUCAAGCCACCAAAGGUUGCAUUUAGGACUAAGGUAUUCCAUCCAAACAUCAACAGCAACGGAAGUAUCUGUCUCGACAUUCUGAAAGAACAAUGGAGCCCAGCGUUGACCAUUUCCAAGGUCCUCUUGUCGAUUUGCUCGUUGCUGACGGAUCCCAAUCCCGACGACCCUUUGGUGCCUGAAAUCGCACAUAUGUACAAGACCGACAGGACCAAGUACGAAGCCACCGCACGCAGCUGGACACAGAAGUAUGCCAUGGGAUGACCAAAUCAUCCUCUCAACUGUUUAAUGCAACCGCACACUCAUGCUUUAUGUAAACCAAAGAUAUUUUGAAUGAUUGCUUUUGUUAUUGUUGUCAAUGGAACUCAACCAUUGCAAGGGAAAUUAAUUGUCAUUUGUGAAUAUUCAUGAGACAUUUGGUGAAAACUUUCUGGUUAUUUACAUGCUAUUCCCAACGGAUGAUGAUAAAUGAAAAUUUUUAAUUACCAAUAAGGUAAUUGCUGCAUGUUCA